AGCUGGCAUUUAAACAACAUAACUAUUAACUAAGCUUUCCUUCUCUCUCUCUCUCUCUCUCUUUCUCUUUCCUUUCAUCUCUAUAUCCAUCUCCAUUGAUGCUCUACCAUUAUCUUUCUGCUCUGCAAGAAACUUUAAUUUGCUGAAAUCCUUUUACAUCACCAACAAUCAUAAUUUUAACUUCUCUUUUGGGGCUCUCUUUAUAUAUAUACUUUUUGUCUUUUCUUUCUUCUAUUAAUAUAUACAUAUAAGCAUUGGUCCACUUUUCCCUUUUAUAUCUUGCCUUUGAAGCACUCCCUUCCUCUUCUUCUUAUUUCUCAUUUCUCCUACUCUUCAAUCUCUCUCUCUCUGCAACUCCUCACCUCCAUACCUAGAGAGAGCAUGCCUGAAUGUCCAGAGAAAGGGAGAGAUUUGAUGAGAUAGGCAAGAAGAUCAAGAGAGAAACAGAUGCCUCAUCUCAAAUGGGAAGAAGACACAUGUUGGGUCCUCCUGGAACCCUAAAUACAAUCACUCCUUGUGCAGCUUGUAAGCUCUUGAGAAGAAGAUGUGCUCAAGAAUGUCCUUUUUCUCCUUAUUUCUCUCCACAUGAACCCCAAAAGUUUGCUUCUGUUCACAAAGUUUUUGGUGCUAGCAAUGUCUCAAAGAUGUUAAUGGAGGUCCCAGAAAGCCAAAGAGCUGAUGCAGCAAAUAGUCUUGUUUAUGAAGCAAAUGUGAGGCUAAGAGAUCCAGUUUAUGGAUGCAUGGGUGCAAUUUCUGCAUUGCAACAACAAGUUCAAUCUUUACAAGCUGAACUUAAUGCAAUAAGGGCUGAAAUACUCAAAUACAAAUAUAGAGAAGCAAAUAUUAUACCUUCUUCUCAUCAACAUAUAGCUUUGCUUUCUUCUGGAGCUGUUUCUGUUGUUACACAAUCUCCAUCUCUAACUCCGCAGCAGCCGCCACAGCCGCCACCACCUCCUCCUCCUCCACCUCCUCUUCCUCCUACUUCCUCUUCUUCUUCUUCCAUUUACACUCACCAACCAACCAGUGCUGCUGAUUAUACAACCAUUUCAAAUGAACAUGUCUCUUUCUUUGGUUAAUUAAUUUAAAGAAAAAAAGGAAAAACGGAAUUUCUUGCUUAGUUCAUUUAUUUUUAUAUUAUUAUGAUCAAUCAGGUUGAGCAAUAAUAAUAAAAAGAGGAAGAGAAUUGAUGAUAUUUUUAUUGGUUGAGGAUUGUUUAAUUACAACUAAUUAGUUUUGAAUUACUGUUUUUUAAAUUCUUGAUUGAAGUUAA